AAUCAUUUAGGAUGUUAAAAAUUUUAUAUUCCGCUGCCUAUCCUUGCAUGGUUACCUUUCAGUGGUAUCAGAGCCAACGUACAAAACUAUAGUUUUACGUUUGACUUUUAAAAUUUUAAAAGUCAAAGUUUUAACUUGGUAAUGAUUAAAAUUCAAAAAAUGAAUAAGUGACCAAUGCUAGAGGGGGGGUGAAUAGCGUUUGAUCGUAGAAAUCGCAGGAAUAAAAAAUUAAGAACGUGAAAAGUAAAGAGUGUAGAAAGCGUAAAGGGAGCACACCAAGAUUUAUACUGGUUCACCACAACGUGUGGCUAAUCCAGUCUCCCGAGAGACUCUCUCGAGCUACACUACUUCCGUUAAGCUUACGGGUGCUUCACAAACCGUUACAACCUGAGAACUUGAGUCCCACGAGCCUGAACAACACUUGCUCAGAGAUACCGUACUCCAAGACUUCAACCCGAAGGAAAAUACCUUUCCUUCGUACAACCAAGGGAAACAAGCUUCCCUUAACGUGUAUACAACACUAAGACACUCAAGAACAAGACUCUCCUUAAGAGUGGAUAUUGAGUAAAAUAUAUAGGCUCAAGAACAACUCAAACUUCACACAAGUUGGCUCUAGAACGCUAUGGAAAAUAAUGUGGUUUGGAUGCAAUGAUAAUAUGAAUAUUGUGAAGUGAAUUGAUGUGUAAAGCAGACCCAAACACCCCUUUUUAUAGUGCCAAAAUAGGCUCCAACGGACCAAUACAUUAAAGGGGUGAUUGGCUUGAUUUAUGGGAUUGAAUAAAUUUGGGAUCUGCAGGAUAUUGGCUUCCCAUCGAUGUUUAGACUCACCCAUCGCUGGUAAGCCAAAUUUCCUUCAGUUUUGAAGCCAACGGUCACCUACCCAUCGAUGGGUAAAUGCUUCCCAUCGCUGGGUGGGAGGUUGACUUUCAAACAAGGAAAGAAUCAGCCUUAAAUGACUCACAGCGGUCAUGCCUAACCAGCCAUGGGCUUCCCAGCGAUGGUAAGGUUCUCCCAUCGAUGGGAAGACAGGUACUGGAAAGGGAGGAAAAAAGUGAAGGCAGCCUUCCCAGCGAUGGAGAAGCCGGUCGACGCCACCACUUCUGCCCAUUCUACUUCCGCGGCACAAGUGGUUACAGUAGCCCGACCAUUGGAUGAUGGAUUUAUUCUGCUGGAUGACCGGUUGCUCCUGGAGCUCCAGGCAGUCAUGCAAAAAACUCAAGUCCACGAGCUGCGUAACCUUGUGUCGGAAGACAUACGAGAUCAUGCCCGGGAAGCCACGCUCCGAGCCGGGGACAACUCUACCCGCGGUCCCUAUAAUGUUGGGAAGUUGAGUGUCUACCCGGGGCCAAUGACCGACCCAGAGCCCUCCAUCGUCCGGGGAGAUGUGAUCCCUGAUGCGAUUCCUCUCCGCCGUGUUCAGGACUCCACUGCCCAGGCUUCUACUGCUGCCGGUUCCCUUCGGCGGUGGAAGAAGAAGGAAAAAGUGGUGAAGUUCAACUCCAAAUUCGUCAUCCCCAACAUCGAUGAUGUUGAGGGGACCACCACCGUCCAACCCUUACCCACCAGCCAGCAACCCCCUAGGAUGAGCAACCGGCUCAGUCCCAGCAGGGGACCAAUGCACACUUCAGAGGCUGGGCAGGGUGGCCAACAGCUGGAGGCGACCGGCCAAGAGGAAGCUGCCGAGGAGGCCCUGCAGAGGAAGAGGCGGAGGAUGAAGUCCGUCGACCAGUCUGCACUGUCCUCCAAUGCCGGCAAAGGGCAAAGCGAGCCCCAGGCUAUGGUGCCCUUGGCCCGGUCGGACGAAGAACUUUUCGAAGCUUUUUGCGCCGCCCUGAAUUAUCCAGCUUGGUUGGAGGGCAUGAUGGUUGCUUGCCGAAUGGAGGCCCAAGUUGCCUGGUUGAAGGCAGAGAAGGCUGAGGAGAAGCUCAUGGAGCAGUACGCAUCCUUCCAGUCUCUUUAUGCUAAGCACUAUGGGCUGCUGAAGGAAUCAAAGGAGACCGAUGCCCAAGCCCAAGAGAAGAUCUCCGAUCUGGAGGAGAAAGCCGCCCAAUCCACCGAUGAGAUCGCCCAGCUGAGGGCGGAACUUGAGAAGGAGCGUGCCGACCGGGAUUCGCAUGUUGCUGCCUGGGCAAUUCCUGAUCGGGAGACCGUGGCUUCCAGGGGCUCUAUAAGCACAAUGUGUCCCAAGGCAUCAUAGACGAGAUCGAGACCUUCGGGUUCGAGAGCGGCCAAUAUCAGGAGCGCUGGGGGCUGUAGGGGAUCCUCAAUAGGCGGAUCAAGGACUUCGAUCCCAAGGCCUUCUCACUUCCCGAGCUACAUAAUGAAGAACCGGUCCCUCCCUUCGAAGGGAUCUGAGUUGAUUUGUAGUUUUUUUGUUUGUUUAACAUGUAAUGUUUUGCCCUCGGACACUUGUAUAAACUUUUAAAUAUUAAUGAAGUUUCAUUUUCUAU